AUGUGUGCCCACUUGGCUCUGCCCCCCUACCAGGCUUACCCCAGCGGGACUGGCAUGGGGUACGUGGAGUUCUACUGGAACUCGGCGGGGGAGGCAGGACAUGCCCCCACAUCCACUGGGCCAGCAGGAGCCACCAGUGCCAGUCAGUCUCCGGAGGUGGGAGGGAAGAGGCAGAUGACAGAAGUAUCCCCAGCAUCAUCCAGUUCUGGGAAUUUCAGCCAAUUCACACCAGAUUCGGCCACCAGUCCUCAUUCAGCAUCCUCAUCCCCACAGCCCAGGGCAGAGAAGUCUCAGAAGGGCAGAGAAUAUGGCAUGGAGGAGGUUAGGAAGGCCAAGAGCCGAACAGCUUUCUCCAAGGAGCAGCUGCAAACCCUGCACCAGCGGUUCCAGAGCCAGAAGUACCUCAGCCCACAGCAGAUCCGGGAGCUGGCUGCUGCCCUGGGGCUCACCUACAAGCAGGUGAAGACCUGGUUCCAAAACCGGAGGAUGAAGCUGAAGAGGUGCCAGAAGCAUAGCCUGUGGAUGGAACGGGCUCAGUGCCUCACACAGAGUGGCUUCCAGCCAAGUACUUACCUGGAUGUGCACCCCAAAUUCCACCAGGGCUACCCAAUCGCCGCAGCCAGCAACAUCCAAGCCAUGCCUCCCCCUCGUCAGCAGUAUGGAACAGGGCAGAACACCUACACCAUCGUGACCAGCGAGGAUGGAGGAGUCUUUGGCAAAGGUGGGGGCACCUGCAGCGUUCAGCAGACAGUGGGCUUCAUUGCCCAGCACAAAGUAGACUUUUACCACAGCUACCCUGGCAGUGUGGAAUAUCCGGGCACAAAGACAAAUGACAGCUGUAACUUUCACCACUCGGCCACCAUGGGGGCUCCUUUCCCAACCACCGCUGGCCAUCAUCUCUAUCAUUCCUAA